GAACCUUCCCUCGUGAUGCAAUGUCUGUCGAUACCGGUCCCAGCGGAUUCUAUCGCAGUCCCGUCACCAAGGGUCUAAUACUGACGUCAUGCGUGGCUACGGCCGGUGUCGCUCUUGUGGGAACGAGUUCACAAGAACUGGGCGUUAGUGCUGAAGUGAUGUCACAUCCUACGUUCGUAUUGAGAUUGCUAUCGUCUCAGUUUGUGUGUGAUAACCUACACAGUUGUGCCAUAAGUUCCAUUAUUCUUUAUACAUUUCGGGUGUUCGAGAGACGCUAUGGCUCAAGAAAAUUUUCGAAUGCUCUCUUUAGCUCGGCCGUGUUGUCAACUGGCAUGCACAUUGGAAUACUGGCUCUCUAUAGAUAUAGAAGAAUGCAAUUGCAGCUAGCGACUGGACCAUACUCAUUUGUGUUCAGUCUUCUCAUUCCAUUCUUCCUUGACUUCCCAACCUCCUCACAAUCGGCGGUUAUUCCGUUUUUUACCAUGAAGACAUUCAUCUACCUACUUGCAGGGCAACUGGCAGUCUCUCAAGGAUUGAACUCUCUUGUAUGCGCCAUCACAGGGAUGCUAACUGGUCUCUUAUGGCGUUUCAAUCUGCUCUCCUUACAAGAAUGGCUUGUGAUACCCAUUGGUAUCGCCGAUGCAGUCGGCAAUAUUCUGGCACCACUGUUGAUUACGCCGUCGCCGUCUCAUCUUCCGAGCGGAGGAACACUGCAGAUACAACGCGAGCAGUACCUGGACGAGCAAGAACGGUUACUCGUCCAGUACAGCCAACAGUUUCAACAAGUGUAUACGAAUCAGCGCAUGAACCGGCGUGCAAGACAAAACAACAAUCACCAGCCUUUUCCUGAUGGCAUUGGUAUGGGUAAUAGCACCAGCACUGUGGUCCAAGAACAGCAGGUACAGCAACUGAUGGAAAUGGGGUUUACACGACAGGCAGCCACACAUGCUCUCACUCAAAGCAAUAACAAUCUGGAGAUGGCGAUGAACAUCCUCGUUUCAGACUGACUACAUGUACUCAAGAGUAUUUAUUAGGAUGGAUAGCGAGCAUGCUCAGUGUGAGAUCUCGAUGUUGUUGUGAAGUAUGGCAACUGUGUUUUAUUACCAACCGUCUCUUCAAGAAAAAAUAAAUGCUAAGUGUUUACAU